AUGGAAGUCCAAAACGCGUCUUGCUAUUCACCAUAUUCGUCGGCGCCGCCGACAACCUCGCCGCCAGUGGUGCAUGACAAGUCGCCAUAUUCAUGCGUCCCGCUUCCAUCACAACUCGACGACUGCCAUGAGCCAGUCAUUCUGCACCCAAUGUUGCGAUACAGCCACGUAGACAGGCUCGAGUUCGAUCUGGGUAAUCCUGGGGAGUGCACCGCGCGAUUGACCAGUCGGGGACACGGCCUACUCGAGCCCGCGACAUAUCCACCGUUACCCUCGUUAUCCUUGCUCAUCCCAUCAUUCCCCUGGCCGAUAACUGUACAUGCAUCAUCGGCAUGGCGAGGGGUACCAGUGGUGACGGUGCUGGAUAUUUUAUCUGAGCUCGACCGCGCCUUGCGGAUCGCCGCGGCUGAGGACGUCGUUCGUGGAGGGCUAAUAGCGUCGGGUCGCAGACAAAACAGGCAAUCGCCGAGGCUAGACGCCAGAACUGAACCACGAGUCCUCCAGCGCUUGGAAUACUUGCGCGGGAGGAAAAAAUUCAUUGGGCUAACGAAGAGCAAUGUUGGCGGUGACGUGAUGAUAGUUCACGUUGAGUAG